UUUGUGUUCCGAAGAUGAACGGAGGUCUUGUGGGAUUGGUUCCAUGAGGGUGAGUAAUUAAUGACAGAAUUUUCAUUUUGGGGUGGAGUAACCCUUUAACCACCCUUUCAAACUCUAGGAAAAAUCAUCAGCCAAUAGAAGUGCCAGAUGAGGCUGGGGGCGUGUCCUUACGAUUCCUUUGGAUCCCAUGGGGUCUGUUGUGUUCAGGACAUUUUGGUUUGAGGAACUGUAAAACAGUACAGACUCUUCACAGCUAAACACUAACUCACACAACAUCCUCUAACGGUUUUUGUGUUAAAUUCAGAGAUUAUGCUUGAUGUGAUUGUUUUUGUGUGUGCGAUAAUGUGACUUUCAGUGGUCAAGUCAUUCAGUUGAUCAGUAUCUAGAACAAUGUCUGCUUUGAAGUUCUCAGACCGCGAAAACUCGUCUGUGUGAGCGUGUGUCCUACUAAACUUCAAGGUGGCGAAUUUUAUGAUGAUUUUUAAUUUGAAUUUAUUUAUCUGUUGUUUGAAAAAUACACUUCUGAAAGCAUGUCAUCUGUAAUUGUCCGUCGGAUAAAAAGCAGUUCGGGAACCCUCAAGCAAGUUCAGAUCUCAUAUCUGCAUGUGUGUCCAGUUCCAGAGCUUUUAUACAAGGAGGCGGGCUGAAGCUGAAUGUGGAAGGCGGGGCUUAAGCAAAUUAGCAUGUAGGCUGUAGAACGCACAUGCGCAUCAAGUGAAAUUUUGGAACGCUAAGCAGUUUUUAUUGGGCUUUUAUACAUUUGUGAGCGUUAACUUGUGUGUAGGAGUCAAUUCACGUUUAUUGUUGCGAUUUAAAACGAUGCAUUUUUACUAAUCCUACUGAUGUAAUUUCCCAGAAAUACCUUAAUACUCAGAAAUGAAAUGUAGGAUGGUUAAAAUUAUUGUGCCAGAUCAUUUUCAUGCUUUAAACGCAACGCUUUUUACACAGUUUAGCCAAUUCGCCAUUAUUUCUACUAAAAUCAGCUGAUUGGCCGACAGUAUCAUUCCAUUCUACCAAUCGCAACAAGCUGCUUAUGAUGUGUAAGACAAAUGGCAAGUGAUUGCACUUAAGCGCCCUUUUCUCCUGCACCGAGAACAGGGUUACAGACUAUAAACCAGACAUGUAUCUAUCAUAGAUCUGGAUUAUGAGCGAUAAUCACUCUUGAAUAACACAUAAUAGAGUAUUUCUUGGGCACUGGACACUUAGGAGAGAGACGGCCCGAUAUGCGCGCUGCACACUGCUGAGAGUCACAGACGACGGACACUGUCUGUAUGUGUGGAUGUGUAUGUCUGUGAGUGUCCUCCACUGAACCUAGAGAGUUUUAUUAUAAAUAAAUGUAGCAUUGUAAAUGUAGAGAGGAUAAAUAGAGGAAAAAAACUUAAAUCCAUAUUUCGGGAUGAUUUUUUUUUUUUUUAAUAACAUUUGCCUUGUGAGCUCUAUUGUGCUUGUUUAGAUUCUCGUGUACGAUUGGUCAACUCUAGUGAUUUGAGUUGUCAAUGCAUUUGCAUAUGCACAGGCCUUUCGUUAACAAGCAUUUAUAAAAAUAUCUCCCUCUGCUUUUGUGUAAAUGAUUUUGUUGUUUUAGCUGCUUGGCUUGAAUUUGUAGCUUUUUUUUUUUGUUGUUGUUAAAAAAAAAAAAGAAGAAGAAAAAAAAUAUGGUCCCCAAUAUGAAUGGUUUGUGUUUUGAACGUUUUUGGAUGUAAGAUUCUGUUGGAUUUUGGUCUCAUCACAAACAAUGGCAGCUGAGGAACCUCUCGGAAGCCACAUACCCUUUGGUGUUUUUCCAUGAGUUCAGUGCCUUGGGGAAUCUUCUCCUUACUGAACCACAAAAGCCGUUCUGAUGUGCGUCAAAACCAGAAUAGCUUCUUCAUAAGCCUUUUGACUGUUGAGUGUUUUAGUUAUUGGUAGAAAUGCUGGUAAAUCUGAAGUCUGGUUGUGUUGGCUGUCAUUUCGAUUAUUUAUUUUACCCUCUGUGUGAAUGACAAAUGCAAUCCUGAUUUUUAAAAAUACUUCUAUGAUAAGAGAGAAGGACCUUUUUACGUUAUACUCCAUCAAGGACACACCUUUUCCUGAUUUUACUCAUUUCUGACCAUAUGCACAGCUUAUUUUUAUGAAGUCGUUUCAUGCAGGGCUUGUUUUAGACUUUUAGGCCUCCUGACAAUUCAUUUGUUCUGAUGAGAAUAGCUGACGGUGACCGAAAGUGUGACAUUUUAAAAACUGUUAUUGUGUUCUUGUUGGAUGUGUGGUUAUGUAUAUGCUCUCACUGCUGGAUCGGUACCUUAGCUGAAAUCAUGAUGGUGGAAAAGACCAGAAUUUAACUUCCUUUUCUGACCAGACCAGAGGGAUGUGGUGUUAUGGCUUACCAUAAAUGUGUAGUUGGUUCUUUAUUUAGUGAAAAUGAGGAUUAGGUGUUGUAAAAGAAUUUUGUGGGACACCAAAGAUCCUUUGGUAAUGAAGAUUAUGAGAGUUUCAAUAAAAUGGGAAUAUGGAAACAAAUUCAGUUGUUUUUGAUAUUAUUUAUUUUUAUUUAUUAGAAUACAAUGCAUUUCAUGAAACUAUCCGGGCUAUAUUUUUGCAUAAUAUCAGUUAAAAAAAGACAGCAUUUGUUAUGCUUGAAGUAUUUUAUAACUUUAAAUAUAUACAGUUAAAAUACUGUACUACAGCAAUGACAAACAAACCUUGGACAUUACUAAAAAAUACCAAGACUAAUCACUGCAGUGACGAUUUUUCCCAAGUUACAUUUUUAUUAUUAUUUAGCAUUUUUAUUUUUUAAAAUUUUUAUUUCCUUUUUUGUGUCAGUUUUCAUGACAGUUAAGCACAUUUUUCAAAAUUCUCCUGAAAAUGAUCGCAAUUUAAAAUAAGCAAACAUUUGUAACAAAUUAUGGUCAUAAAAAUGAGUAAAAUGUGCUUAUUUGUCUUAAAAUAAUUGUCUUUAUGUAUAAUUAAGUUUCUUUUAAUUAUCUAUAUAUUGUAUUGUUUUCAUAAAACUCAUUCAGCCACCCCCAACUUUACCAAUGUAAACAUAAUUUGUUGUAGUAUGUGUGAUAUUUUAAAUAUUAAAAUAGAAUCAUAAUAAAAUUAAACAGAUGUGAAACAGCUGUGGAGCUUCAUUGCAGGUCAGGUAAUUAGAUUCCAUUCCUUAUGUAACUGCUGCCUUCCUCUUUAGAUGACUGGAACUGCAUUAAGCAUACAUGCUUUAAAAAGGCAGCACAAAACUAGGAGGAAUUCAGCAGUAACACGAUCGUUCCAGACUACUCUGAUCAUCUUCCAGUAAAUUUAGUGUAUUGAUACAGCCUAAAGAGGUUGGAAGACUUGUUCCUGGUUAUGUAUUCGGAAGGUGAGGAUGGGUGUUAUUGUCUGAGGAAUUAAAAGUCCUCCCAGUCGUUCUCUCCUACAGACGGAGCAGGAGAUCAUGGAGACUGGAUCUGUCGUUUUUUCAAGGGACUUUGAGUGGUUCGUUUUUAACGGCUCCUCUAUAAGUUCCUCCAUCAUGCUCAAUAGUAGCAUGCACAGUCCCUUGCCCGAGGAAUCGUACUUGGUAUCGGGAAGACCACGUCAUGCAUUCGGGACUGUCGGGGUGGUCGUCAUAAUACUUAUCACUGGCUGCAUCAGCCUGCUAACAGUCCUGGGCAACGUCCUGGUUCUGCUUUCAAUCAAAGUCAACCGCAAUCUCCGAACCAUCAACAACUACUUCCUUUUUAGUCUUGCUUGUUCGGACUUUAUCGUCGGUGUUUUCUCCAUGAAUCUCUACAUUGUGUAUGCCAUAAAGGGAUAUUGGCCUUUUGGACCACAGAUGUGUGACUUGUGGUUGGUUGUGGAUUACGUGGUGAGUAACGCCUCUGUGAUGAACCUCCUACUGAUCUGUUUUGACCGGUACUUCUGCGUGACCCGGCCUCUGAGUUACCCAACCAAACGUACUGCAAGGUGGGCUGGGGUGAUGAUUGCUGCGGCUUGGUUACAGUCUCUGCUUCUCUGGGCUCCAGCUAUCCUGCUUUGGCAAGCUGGGAGGGACAGGAGUAAGGUCCCAGAGGGACAAUGUUACAUCCUGCUCCUCGCGAACCCUGCUGUAACCCUGGCAACCACUAUCCCAGCAUUCUACAUUCCCGUUGUAAUAAUGACGGUACUGUACACAAAAAUAUCCCUGGCCAGUCAGAGACGGGUUCAUAAUUUGAAGCCUGAAUCCUCAAACCUGCUUGAUUCAUCUGAGACAAGUAGAGGAACGUCAACCGCAAACCCUGACCUAGUGAAUGACAUUAAACCGGAUGACUCAUGCAUACUUAAACGUGAUUCAAAGUUCGUUAGAAUGAAACGGCUCUUUUCUGUAGAGUUCAGCAGGACUGAUGACUCCUUGGAUUCCAGUCCUGAUGCCUCUAUGGAAGAACGAGGGCUGGAUGCAGAAACCUCAAGACCGAAGACCUUGACAGCGUGUUUGGAAACUAGCAGGACAACGCAACCUCACUGUUUUCAAAACCAUACUGCCCUUCAGGUUCAAGGUCAAGCAUCCAAGAAUGCUAGACGGAAGGCUCUGAGAGAGAGGAAGGUGACAAAGACCGUCCUUGCUGUUCUUCUGGCCUUCAUUGUUACUUGGACGCCUUAUAGCGUUAUGGUUCUGAUUGGUACCUUCUGCCGUUGGUGUGUCCCUGAAAUUCUGUGGAUGGUGGGUUACUUUAUGUGCUACGUCAACAGCACAGUAAAUCCAGUGUGCUACACACUGUGUAACGCCACCUUCAAAAGAACCUUUAAACAACUGUUGAUGUGCAAGUUCAGAAAUCUGACAUUAAAAUGAGUCGGACUUAGUCUCUUAUCAAUGACUCCUUGCCAACCAAUGAGGAACCUGAUUCGCUCAGAUGUUUUGUGACUGUGAAGCAGUUUAAUUAGAGCCAAAAGUAAAAAAGUGGAGUUGGUUGAGGUUAUUGGUGUUUAUCAUGUUUUUGAUAAUGUAUGCAUUACGUGUACGAUUUUGACGUAUCAUAGUUUUGCGAAGGCAUUCUUACGCCAACAGUUUGUAUAAAUCAAUGCAAUAGUUUAGCGAAGACUUAUUAUUUUGUUUGCAUGAUGCUGGUUUACCAGAGCCAAAAGUGUAAAUAAAGUGAAUUAUUUAGUUGCUCAUAUUGCACGCGUUAAAUGUAUCGCAAAGUCAUUAAGUUGAUUCUUAUUUUUUUGUGUGUGAUAGUGGUUUACUAAAGUGAGAAGUAAAAAUAAACGUUUGAGUUAUGUUAUUCAUCAUGUGGCUAUAAUUGCAUUUGUUUUACAAAUUGUAUCAGAAAGUUUUUGUUGUUGUUGUUUUUGUUACAGUUUAAGACUCUUUGUGCAAAUUAGUAAGACCCAAGUGAAUUUGUGUAAAUCAUAAUUACAUUAUUAUGGAAAUUGCAUUGUGAUCUAGUUCUACAAGUGAAAA